AUGGAGAUAGUAAUAGAGAAUCCUGAACGCAUCGAUGUGCAAGUUUCAUCAUCACGCUAUUCAUUGGAUUUGGUCAAAUUCUUCAAACCACAGCAUUCAAAGUCCGCUCUUCUAAUUCUCAAUCAGAAGAUAACCAUUCCGGACAUUUUCCGGAAUUUAUGGAAGAAUUAUAAUGUGCAUGUCUGCGCAGAUGGCGGAGCCAAUAGGCUGUACGAAUAUUUUGAAACAGAUGCAGAGCGCUGUGAGUUUCUUCCAGACUAUAUUGUAGGUGACCUUGACUCAAUAAAGAAGGAGAUUUUCGAUUUUUAUACAGCAAAGAAGGUUAUAAUUAUCAAGCAGUCAUCACAAUACGCUACUGAUUUCAUGAAAAGUAAGGACUUAAUAUCGCUGCAUUUCCACUCUAGUGCAUUUCGUGAAAAGAUCAAGACCUCAACUGGAGACAACCACGGCAUAGAACAAGAAGAAGGCAUUCUCCAGCUUUACAAGAGCGAAAGAGCAUCAUGGGAAACCGACGAUAUCUAUUUGCUGGCACUCAACGCAAUUGAUGGCCGGUUUGACCAGACGGUUCACUCUAUCACCCAGCUUUAUACCACCGCUCGCACAGACUCAUACUUCAGGCUCUGCUACGUCACCCCCACAGACCUGAUUUUUUUGGUGCCGAAUGGGGGCACCACCAUCACCUACAGCGCAGCGUUUCGGGACGACUGUAUAGGCAAUUGUGGUCUUUUACCACUAGGUGGGCCAACUGUGAUAAAGAGAACAGAAGGGCUUAAAUGGGAUGUGGAGAAUUGGCCAACUAGCGUGGUGGACGGUAAGGUCAGUAGUAGUAAUCGGUUUGUGGGGCGUACAUGUUGCUAUAUCGACGUACUCGAUCCUAUUGUUGUUAAUGUUGAACUACUUUUUGAGCACCUAAGAGAUUAUUUAUGA